CUGACUGGGCGUCUACCUCCGGAGGCAGAGCGAGCCGAGCCGCCAGACGGAGCCGGCCCGGCCGCGGCCGCCGCCGUUCAGCGGGGCCUUCUACACCCGGUCCGGUCUCAGCCCGCCGCCGGAGCUCGCCGACUUCCGGCGCGAGCGACGGAGGAGAAGCUGACGAGCGAACCCGGACGGUGGAGGCGGCUUUCUCGGGACCUGAACCCCUGGCGGAAACCGCGUGGGUUUAGUGCGUCCAGCUUUUUGUUGGUCGGUGCAAGGUGGGAGGCAACCAUGCGAACCGAGGAGGCGACGCGUACUGCUCCGGACCGACUCAUUACGCAAUUCCGUGUUUCGGUAGAGGACGUCAUCGACUGCACGCCUCACAACACCGAUGAUCACCUCCAGGCAGUGGCUCGUGGCGCGAGAUUAUGAUCCUGGGGCUGCAGAAGACAUGUUCAGAAAGUCCAUGGAGUGGAGGCGGCGUCAUCGUGUCAACGACACGCGCGACUGGGCUGCUCCGGAGGUGAUCCGCAGGUUCUUCCCCCACGGCAGCUGCGGCGUCGAUCGGGGCGGCCACAGAGUUUACAUCUUCAACAUGGGUGGCCUAGACAUGAGAGGCCUGAUGCAGUGCGCGAGCCGGGUCGACCUCGUCCAGUUCGGUCUGCAGGUUCUGGAGACAUUCAAGGCAGACUGUGCGGAGCAGAGCUGCCGCCUCGGGCGUUUUGUCGGUCGCAGCGGUGUCAUAGUGGACCUGCAAGGUCUCCAGCUGAACCAGAUCACCAAUCGACCUGGUCUGGACGUCAUUCUGCAGUGGAUACAGACCAUGGAGGCCAACUACCCGGACACGCUGCAGUGGUGUUACGUCAUCAAUGCUCCGACCAUCUUCUCGAUCGCCUGGGCGCUGAUCUCGCCGCUGCUGCACGAGGUCACCCGCUCCAAGGUGCGGCUGUUCGGCACCGCCGGCUGGCAGGACGAGCUGCUCAAGCUCAUGGAGCCGGACCAGCUGCCGGUCUUCUGGGGCGGCAGCCUGGUGGACGCUGACGGGGACGCCAGGUGUCCCAGCAGGAUAUGUUUCGCAGUCAGCGUACCACGCGAGCUGCUAACCACCCGCGAGCAGCUGGUGGCGCUGGAGAAGCAGCUGCCGCACCAUGUGCAGGUCAAGGCCGGGUCACGAGCGCGACAUCCGGUUCAGGUGGAGGCGAGUGGCUGCCGCCUGAGGUAUAUUUUCAUCACCCGAGACGUUGACAUCGACUACAGUGUGCAACGGUGUGGGGACGGCGCUGACGAGACGUUACGACCCACGCAGAAGGCCUUCAGUCACCUGCACCCAGAGCAGGGCAGCCUGGUCUGCAGUCAUCCGGGCACCUAUUACUUGGAGUUCGAUAACACCAUGAGCUACUUCAAGAAAAAGGACAUCUUUCUUCGUGUCACUAUUUAGCUGAUUGGGUUAUCGAACAGCACAUCAGGAACGACUAUACCGGCCGUCGUGAAAUUGAAUCACCAGCGCUUUUGUCCAGAGACAAGCAGUGCAUUGGCGUCUCCUGUUUUUUCGUCUGAUCUUUAAAUGGCUGUCAUCGCAGAACUCGGUGGUGAUUUUCAGCGUAUGCUAAUUGCGUCUGUUUAUCCGCGGAUAAACAUACUGAAGAAUGUUUACUCAAAGUUACGAUCGUGACCAGCAGAUAUCCACAAAACUCAGCGCGUGUGUGAUGGCGUCGGAAAUGGAGCGUUGGAAGAUUUGUGCGGCCUUGCACGAGGGCCUUUAUUACCAUCUGGAACAACCAGUGAUGGAAGUGUUUGCAGAGCCGCAUGAUGUAAAUACGUGGCAGGGAGAUGUGGUGUAUGGGAUAGUUGCACACAUCUGAGUAUAUUGUUGUUUUACAUAAACUUAGCUCUUGUACCAGCAUGACGUUAUGAUACGGGAAUAAUGCGAUGAAGUUCUGGACUGUGAAUGCAUGCCGAAAAGACAAAACGUAAUGCAGACCUCCUGACUGAGACUGGACUCGAGAUCGGCAUGUUAUUAUUAUUGCAUAUUUGGGUGCAAUACAAAUAUUAAAAGCC